AUGAGUACUGUUACUACUCCCAUGAUGGAAAACAGUCUGCACCACUUGCUUCCGAAUGAGCCCAUUAUUAAGGAGGUUGACAGAAGUCAAGAGAGUGAAUCUCUGUUCGUACAGCUUGUGGACAGCGAUGGCAAUGAAACCGGCAGUCCUAUUUGGCUCCCGUUGACAAUCACUCCUAAAGAGCUUACUGAUUUGUUAAACAGAGUACUUCAUCAGACCGAGGAUCGACCGUCUACGUACGAAUUCUUUGUCGAUAAUGUUCAACUUCUGGACGAUUUGCGGACUACUCUGUUUCAGUAUCGGGCUAAGCUGAAGGAAUCAGGGGAAAAUGAUAACCGGCUUCACGAUUUAGAAUCAGUGGUCCGAGUUGUGUACCAAGCACAGGCUAUCUUUCGUGUCCGCCCCGUCACCCGUUGCACCAGUUACCUCUCCCGGUCACAAGGGAGCUGUAUUGGUUGCACAGUUUUCUCCGGACGCAAGGCAUCUGGCAACUGGUUCUGGCGAUCAGACUGUCCGCUUUUGGGACCUAAAUACGGAAUUGCCGACAACGACCGGCUCCGAUGCUCAUCACUCUCCGGUCCUUUGUUUGGCUUGGUCUCCAGACGGUUUGUGCUUGGCCUCUGGUUGUCAAGGUGGCUUGGUUUGCUUAUGGAAAGAGUCCGACGUUGGCGACCUUCUACCUCACGAAAUUCAUGGAUUCGCUCCUUAACUUGGCGCCCGUUGCAUCUUGAUUCUGAUUGUCGUCAGCUUGCUGUGGCCUACGAGGACUGUUUCAUAGUUAUCUGGGACACCUGGACUGGCCAGCCUUUGAUCAACAUCACGGGUCAUGAGAAACCAGUCGUCUGUGUCCGUUGGGGUGGCACAGACCUCAUCUACUCAGCUAGUCAAGAUAGAACAAUUCGAGUUUGGCGCUCCACGGAUGGUGUUCUUUGUCGAACUCUCACACUUCACGGUCACUGGGUCAAUUGUCUCGCGUUGAGCACCGAUUACGUUCUGCGCACUGGUGCAUUUGAUCCAGCUCAUGCGAAGUUCACUAAGCCACCUCCUCCCGCUAGGUCGGACACUGUCCGAAGAGCACAAAUGAAAACAACCGCAGAGGAAUUGUAUCAUAAAGUCAAAGGUUCUGGUCCGGAGCGUCUUGUUGCCGGGUCGGAUGACUGUACUCUAUCGCUUUGGCAACCCGAGCAGGACAAGAAACCUUUGGCGCCACGGAUGGUCGGUCAUCAAGGGGUGGUGAAUGACGUGAAGUUCUCUCCUGAUGCCCGUUUGAUUGCGAGUGCCAGUUUCGACCACUCGGUCAAAGUCUGGGACGGUCUCACCGGCCAGUUUUUGGCCACUCUAUUCGGCCACGUUCAGGACGUGUAUUUAGUCUCCUGGUCCAGUGAUAGCAGACUACUAACAUCGUGCUCGAAGGAUUCCACCCUGAAGUUAUGGUCUCUGGCCGAGGUUCGACGAUGGGGCCAAGAGGCAAGCACUGUACCAGCGAAAGAAAAGAAGAAACAGAUUUUUGCCUCCGACGUGGCCGGAAAGGUAUCGGAAACAAAAGCCGCACAUCAGCGACGGCGUCAUUUGCUACACGAUCUUCCUGGACACGCGGAUGCAGUGUACGCCUUGGAUUGGAGCCCUGACGGUCAGUACGUUGUAUCCGGAGGCAAGGAUCGCGUUCUGAAGAUCUGGCGUGCGUAA